CAAAAAUGAAGAGAAAUAUGUCCAAGGAGAGAGCAAACAGCAAACUCAGAUCUUUCAGGAAGUAUAAAAUCAGAGGUCCAAAUGGGUAUGAAAUAGAGGAAGAAGAAUACUCUGUUAGUUCACAUUCAAACCAAUUCUCAAAGAGUUCUGAUAGAGAAGAUUUGAAUGUCAGUCAGAAAAAUGAGAUCAGUUCCAUACCACCUACUGCUCAGAAGAAUUAUCCCAAAAUGGGCAGAUAUGUAGCAUCUCUAACAGAUGCUUCAAAACCAAACAGAAGGAGGCAAACCCAUUAUAGGGAAUCUUCGAUUCCUUUUAUGAAUCUUGGAAAGAAGUCUCUCAAAAAGGUGACUUCAAGAGAAGAUGAGUGCAAGGGUACUCGUAGACAAAGCCAAUUUGGUGGAGAUCCUUGUGUUAGUACAAAGCCACAACAGUGAAGAAGAAAGCAUAAGCUAAUUUUCGGAGCUGAUGGAAAGAACCCAGUAGUGACUAGAAGAGUUUUAUUGAACAUCAAUGAUCUGUCUGAUAAGCAAUCUGAGAACUCUGUUCCAGAAGAUGAAUGUAGUCCUCAUACAACUAUCAAUGAUGUGAUUCCGAAAAUCAACAGGGUGAUUACUAAAAAGGUUCCUUCUCACAUAGCAUCACCUUUUGAAAGGAGCUAUUGUAGCAGGACCGGCUCGAGAUGGGACGGAAAAAUUCUGGAAACAGUAAAUCCCUUUAUUAGAUCCCCUCUUGAUUGUAACUUAUCGAAUUAUAUUAACAAUUCAGGGGAUUUCAGGGAGAUGAACUUUGACUCUAAGAGGCGUUCAUCUGGAAGACUGACCAAUAUUGCCUCUUAUAGGAGUAUCCUCGACAUGGAAAGUUCAGCCCUGGUCAGGAACGAUAUAGGAGAAAUUCCCCAUUCUCUGCCUCCAAAGAAGAGAAAAUAUGCCUCAUAUCUUGAAGAAGACAGGGACUUUUCUUAUGUAGCAAAGUGGGCCAGACAAAAAGCUGAGAGGAGACUUCCUACUUAUGUCGCGGCAGGGUACAAAGAUACCCGGCCAAUUGAGCGUAGACCUCCUCAACUAGUUAGAGCUGGACCGAAUAAUUCAAAAGCAUAUCGAGAAAAUCCUCAUUAUGUCGAGGCUGAUUCAACUGAAGAUUAUACCCAAAGAACUGUAAGAAGAGGUCACUUUCAAGCAGAAGAGGAGGAAGAAAUUGAGUAUGUUGAGAUCGAACUUGAAGAACCAUAUCAGCCUACCCCUAACAUCAGACAUUGCAGGAACCCUAACGAAAGAAUAAUUCAGAGAAAAAUUGGGUGCUGGUGUCCUAACUGCUUCGAAUUGUUCCUGACUGAUAGACAAUUUGACAGCCAUAAGGAACUCUGUGAGCAUCAACAGGCUGAUGAUAAAUAAAUACAUUACUACUCUUAAGAGAAGAUUCCAGGGGUUUAGCAAAUCUCUAGAAGAGUGCUAUGAACAGAUCCAGAUAGAUAAUAAUACGAAAAAGAAAGCAAACUUCUUUGACACCUCUUCAUUAAUGUUUAUGGAAAAUCUAGUUAAAGUGUUUGACAAGGUGUAUGAUAGGUACACUGAAAAGUUCUAUAAAAACAAGCAUUUGAAUCUUCUAGCCAAGAAAGUAAGGUUUAUUCAGAAGGAAAUAUCUAUCCAGAAGCAAGAUCUAAGCUACCUGUUCACACUAGCUUCUAAAGCAGUGGAGCUGAUGGAUGAAUACACCUUGUUCAGAUGUUAA